AUGAAGAACUUUAACCCAAACACCGAGGAAAACAGUGGCAAGAACCAGUUGGAGUCCCUCUGCGAGGAGACUGAGAUGUCCAUGGUAGACGGAGGGAUAUCGUCUUCUGAAAUUCAAGAGGAAGGAGAGAAAGGGGCCGAUAACAAAAGUAUUUUCACUAUCACAGACACCCCAGACAAACCAAACAACAGCAACAACCACAACAACAACAACAGUGAGAAGCAACAUAAAGAAGUCAGGUUCAAGAACAAAAUAUUUACCAUAGACCUCACCGAAGAAGACCUACACGAAGACAACGACAGUAUCUAUGGCAACGCGUUGGCAGGCACGCUCAGCCAUACGCCUGUCAACGAUGACAGCCCUAUCAACAGUCUCAACGGAUAUAUGGUAUCGGACGAUUCUGACGACAGUAAUCACUGUGAAAUUUACAUACCGGUUGAACCUGAUCGCAGCAAUAGAGUCACCAGAGAAAUAGCUACUAGAAAUGAUGAAUCCUUAGACUCGGGAAUCGAAGUUGUCAACGCUUUUAACUGCAGACGGAACAGGAACAGAAGAAACAGCGUUCAUAGCAACGGGUUCAAUCUUGGGACAAUCAUAAAUAUGGACGAUAGUUGA